GAGAGAGAGAGAGAGAGAGAGGAGAGAAGGAAGAGGAGGAUACAGAUCACAUACACUUUUAUCAGGAGAGUGAAAAAGAGUGAGAGAGAAAAAGAGAGAAAGCAAAGUCUACCUACUAGAGGGGAGUGUGUGUGGUGGGGAAACACAAGACUCAAUUGAGACUUGUUCCUGGGCUGGGACCCCUGUGUGAGUGCAUGGAGUAAGAGCAAGCCCUUGGGAGGAGCAGAGCACAACCGAGCAAGAAACAGAGCGAGUGAGAGCUUCUGUGAGAAACACAGAGAGAGAUAGAGAGAGAGUGAGAGAACGUGAGCUGUACCCAGUGAAAAACAUGCAGCCCCUCAGCUGGAUCGGUGCACUCUUCUUCCUGUUCUAUGUUUCCUCUGGAAAUGCAGACGCCAACAGGUAAGUGAGCAAUCAAUUAAUCCUAUGGACUGCUGUAGGAAACGAUUGUCAGAGAUAUAUAAAUGUUCAUACAUUAUAAUGUAGUUCAUGCUGCUGUCAUUGUAUCUGUUCACUCUGAAGCCUGCAGCAGGUGUAAAGCUCAGUGUUUAUUGGUAUGAUUCAUCUGGAUAGUAGAGGAUUCAGUAUGGACAUUCCAUUGCAGUGUCAAGGGAACAGCACUGCAAAAGCAAUUGUCACAUCCCUAGGUAACACUCCUAACAGCUACUAGCUAACACUCUGGCCAGACACAGCUGUGUGUUGUAAGUGUUGUAAAUGCAUUAUAUACCAUUACUUAUACAGUAGUAGCAGUCGCCUCUUAUUGAACUGCCAUUACCAGUAGCCUGCUCCUGAUUUUUACUAAUGAGACAUGUGACAAGCUCAUUUUAGUAAUUUAGCAGACACAUAUCUAGAGUGACUCAGUUUAGCUUAUGACAAUCACAGGCAUGUCAGUUGGUUUCAAUAUGUAAUAAUGGGAAAAGUGGUGUUUUGGUGCAAUGCAUGCACUCACUCUCAGGCUGUCUGCGCCUUGGCCAGGGACUAUGUGAGGUAUGGGGGCUGUCAGCUAAAUGUUGCUCCUGGCACGGCAACUGUUAAUCACUGAAGGACACCUGUCACACUUAGGGGCCCCUAGGCUAUUCUGGUUGAUUUCUACCAGGUCUCAGAUUCUUCCAGUCCCCCUUGAGCCAGGGCUGCUUUUAGGAAGCCAUGCGUGGAACGCCAGAAUGCCAAAUAUCUGGGCCAUUUGAGAUUGGCACUGGGCUAGAGGUUAGAGGGCUCCUCAGAUCAGAAGGUUUCCCCAGCCAGAUGUGCGUUUCAAAAGUUAAAGUUAUUUUGUGAUCCUUGAGGGUGCAUUUCAAGCAAUGAAAGGGGAAGCAGCAGAUUGACAUCCCAUCCCAAUCUAAUUUACAGUUUAAAAAUACACGUGCAAUUCAAUCACUAUGUAUAUUAUUUCCAAAGUGCUGACUUGUUGACGGUCACUUUAAGAGUAAUCAGAUGAGGGUCAUGAAAAUGGAGGGAAUAGGUUCCUGCUUGAGGUUAACAUGUAACACUGUAAGGACAUUAAGGAGUGACUGAUUAAGUGUAAGUAGAGAGUGUAACAUGCUCAUUUCCCCAUCUGUAAUCUACAUCCUGUCAGGCUGACUGCUCUCCAUAGGUAGCCCCCUUUUUCUUCCUAUAGGAGGGAGCCGGGGGAAACUUUAUUUGGCCUGUUAGUUUUCCACACCACUGCCAUGGUGCUAUUAAGGCCACAAUUUGCUGGGUUGACUGCAGGGCUGCAUUUGAGAUGACUAAAUUAGACUAUGUGUUGAAGUCAAUUAUCACCAAAAAGCACCCGGCGAUGGGUCCUACUAAUCACCCCAAACAACCCCAAACAGGUACCCUAAAGUACACCAACUCGUGACUCGACCAUUGGUGACUCUGACUUGGACUCGACUCGGACUUAGCCAUAGGGAUUUGUGACUCGACUCGGACUCGAGCACUGCCUCAAAGUACCCCAAACAACCCAAACAGGUACCCCAAAGUAACCCAAACAACCCCAAACAGGUACUCCAAAGUAACCCAAACAGGUACCCAAAAGUACCACAAAAAGGUACCUUAGGUACAUUGCCAGGUCACUGACCUCCUCCCUGAAGACUGUCUAAUCGCUGUAGGUGAUCAGGCCUACCACCGCCAUGUCGUCAGUAAACUUGAUUUUGGUGUUGGAGUUGUACGUGGCCACACAGUCGUGGGUGAACAGGGAGUACAGAAGGGGACUAAGCACACACCCCUGGGGGGCCACCGUGUUGAGGGUCAGUGUGGCGGAGGUGUUGUUGCUUUACCGCUUUUAAGCUAUACUUUUAAAAAUAAAUAAGGCAUGCAUUGUCUGGGUGAAGCCUGUGCAUGAUCUGUUAUUGGACAGUGUGCCUGAAAUGAAAAAAAGCCUUAAUUAUCAACAUUUGAGCCACAGGGAAUUUGUCAAAAAUAAUAUGUAUACUGUAAAUAAUAUACAAAUAUGCAUUUACACUUAUACUCUCGCAGCUAUCUGAUUCCCACCUAUAUUUUCACUACUUGGCUGCACUCUCCUGGGUCAGAUCUAUAAAAGUUGGGGGUACUUUCAGGUACCUAUUUGGGGUUGUUUGGAGUACUUUGGGGUACCUGUUUGGGGUUGUUUGGGGUUGCUUGGUGUAUUUUGGGGUACCUGGGGUUGUUUGGGGUGCUUUGGAGUACCUGUUUGGGGUUGUUUGGGGUUGUUUGUCUUUGGGGGGGGCGGGUACACUAAUUUAGUGAUCCAAUUCUCUUCUCCAUUUGCAGCAUAUUUACUGCAAGUUGUGUUUAUUUGGGUAUUUGUUUUCUUCUGCGAUCCAUUAUAAAGUUAUACUCAUGAUCGUAUUAUGAUCAAACUUUACUCACCAAUUGUGUUAUUCCUAAUCAAGCAGCUUUAGUCAAUAAACUCACAUUCAACUGGCCCUCAAGGAAUGGAACCAAAUAUCUAACAGGGUAGAGCUGUGAGUCACCUAUUUUCCCUGUCCUUUAUGUGCACAGGCACCGCAGACAAGUCCCCACCGGUGGCCAACCAGGUGUGUGUCGCUAUGGCAGGAGACUAGAGUGUUGCUAUGCCUGGAAAAAGAACAGCAAAGGACAAUGUGAAGGUAAGCAUCUCAACAAAACAAGUUGUGGUUACGGUUAGUCAAGAUGUACUGUAUUUGACCUUGUCAUGUUGUUUGUUUGUACGGUGAUUAGAAAUGUAUUUGUAUAGCUGUGCUCAUCAAAGUAACUUUUUCUUUGUUUCGUUGAAUGAAAAUAUCAUAUACUGUCCAUUUGACAUUUUAGUCAUUUAGCAGACGCUCUUAUCCAGAGCGACUUACAGUUAGUGAGUGCAUACAUUUUUUCAUACUGGUCCCCCAUGGGAAUCAAACACACAACCCUGGCGUUGCAAGUGCCAUGCUCUACCAACUGAGCUACAUGGGGCUACGUAAAUGGAUAUUCAAUGAAUGGAAACCUCAAGUUUAAGAAUUCUAAUUGUUCUCCACAAUAAUGGGUUUUCACAUUUGUUAUUCUUUGCGGCGGGGUAUUUUCCUGCACCAGAAGAAAUGUGGACUAAAUUACCUCAGUUAUAGUAAAACUGGCAUGUUUGAACCUCAGUGAACCUGCAUAAACCCUCUUAUUGCCGCUGGUGGUAUUUCUUUCCUUGAAUGCUUUACCAGCUCAGUGUGAACAUGGCUGCAAGCACGGAGAGUGUGUUGGCCCCAACAAAUGCAAGUGUUACCCAGGAUACACCGGAAAGACGUGCAAUCAAGGUCAGUGGGGUAACUAGAGUCAAUGGAAUGAGGGUCAAAGGUCAGAGAAAUGUGAGCCAAAGUGGUCUGUUUAUGGAGAUCAACUUGCAGCUCAGAUUUGUAGCCUGUCUCUGUAGUUAUCCCUCUCUAUUUCACAAGCCCCUGAUUGAUCACUUGAUCAUCAUGUUUUGACACCUUUAAAGAUGCCUCAAUAUUUCAAUAUCAAACUAUUAAUUUUCUGCCUAUGUAGAAUACUUAAUCUGGAGAAACCUAAAAUGUAUUCAAUAUGUUGCCCCUGGGACCACGUAAGAUAUGAUGUCCGUGGGACAAUAUUCAAGUUUGAUGUCUCUGGCGAAGCCACAAUAGACUUAUAGGUGCAUUAUUUCUGAUUACAAACUAAUAUAGUAUAGCCAUAAAUAUCCCUGAAGUACAUAACUGAGGAUGACUGUCUGUCUCUCUGUCCAGAUCUGAAUGAGUGUGGCCUGAAGCCCCGUCCCUGUGAGCAUCGCUGCAUGAACACCCAUGGCAGCUACAUGUGCUACUGCCUCAACGGUUACACCCUAAUGCCUGAUGGCUCCUGUUCCAGUGAGUGGGCACUGUAACCCCUACUUUACCUGCUGCUAUUCACUCCAAGAAUAGUGUUAGUUUUACACUGUACCUGUAGUGUUUAAGAAGUUCUCUUUCCUGUGUGUGUGUGUGUGUGUGUGUGUGUGUGUGUGUGUGUGUGUGUGUGUGUGUGUGUGUGUGUGUGUGUGUGUGUGUGUGUGUGUGUGUGUGUGUGUGUGUGUGUGUGUAGACUCCAGGACGUGCUCCCUGGCCCACUGUCAGUAUGGCUGCGAGGAGGUACAGGGGGAGAUCCGUUGUCUCUGCCCGUCUGCAGGUCUGCAGCUGGGGCCAGACGAGAGGACCUGCGUGGGUGAGUACCACCACCUUGGACCACCAACCCUGACACUAUAUCACUUCAUGAGGACUUCAUGCUGGUUCUCACUGGACCACUCCACCUCAUAGAUUAGCAGCUACUGAACACAAUAGAAGGGGUCAACAUCUUGGAGCUUUGUAAAGCUCUGUGAAGACUCCAUUAUGUGGUUUCACAUUCCUGCUCCAUCUCAAGGCUUCUCACAUAAGAACUUAAUCAUCUGUAGCAGCCAGUUGGAUAGAAUGGGGUAGUGUUUCUUACCACAAAACUGCUUGAGUUGAGUGGGAGCCAGUGUCCAAUUGUGGUGCUAAACUAAAGUGUCAGUAAGGGAUGGUUGACAUUGAUCCAAAUAUUUAACCCUAUGCUACAAUGUAGAAAACAGAACUCAGUCAUUUCGUGUUUAUUCAAAUCUGUCCCUGUCUUCCUCCCUUCAUUAUGCCUUUAGAUAUUGAUGAAUGUGUAACUGGGAAGAACCUGUGCCAAUACAACAGACAGUGUGUCAACACGUUUGGCAGCUACUACUGCAAGUGCCAGAACGGCUACGACCUGAAGUAUGUUCAUGGAAAAUAUGACUGUGUAGGUAAGGUAUACAAUCAUUUCAUAUAUACAACAAUUUGCUUUUAAAAAAUCUGUGAGGAGAUAUCAAAUCAGUAAAUGUAUUUUUCAGACAAUGACGAGUGUGCGGACAACACACACAAGUGCAGCCACCAUGCAGUCUGUCUGAACACUCAGGGAUCCUACAAGUGCAAGUGCAAACAAGGCUUCCGUGGCAGUGGCUUCGAAUGCUCUGGUGAGAACUGAACAGAUUUACUAUUCAUCAAUCAUCAAAACAUUCUUAGAGUAAAAAACAUUUGAUAGAAAUGUUGUUGAUGUGCAAGGGGGCCACAAUCGGACAGUGUUUUUUUCCCAGACUGCAUAUACAAUAUUCAGAUCUUAUAUCGAUACAAGAGUAAAAAGUCUCUCAGACAGUUAUUUUAUGAUAGCAUAUUUCAACUGUACUCUUAAAACAUCAGCAAACAUCAACACUGCCAAAGCCAGUUUCCUGUUUUCAGACAACUUCUGCACUCUACAGAUGUUACUCAGGGAGAGCCCUUGAUUCAAAUUACACCUGUGUAAAUAUCUGCUGUUCUACCGAACCCAGCCAUCUGAAGGACAGAGGAAAGGAGAGGCAUGUCUGUCUGUCUGUCUGUCUGUCUCUGUCUGUCUGUCUGUCUGUCUGUCUGUCUGUCUGUCUGUCUGUCUGUCUGUCUGUCUGUCUGUCUGUCUGUCUGUCUGUCUGUCUGUCUGUCUGUCUGUCUGUCUGUCUGUCUGUCUGUCUGUCUGUCUGUCUGUCUGUCUGUCUGUCUGUCUGUCUGUCUGUCUGUCUGUCUGUCUGUCUGUCUGUCUGUCUGUGAGUAGCAGAGGGGCCACAGUGCACUCUCUGAACCAGGCAGUUGACACUAGCUGAUGUAGCCUAGGUGACAUGAUAGGUGCGCUGAGGCUUUGUGUAAACGAAGAUGCCUUUAUCUUUUUGUAGUCAAGCCCUUUUAUCAAAGCUCGUGGGACCAGGGAGACAAAGGCAGUACAGAUGAUAAUUUCCUCAAUGGUGAGAUGUGUAUGGAAUGCAACAAGGCUCUCCACUUCCUCUGUUCGCACCUCCCCCCCCCCCCCCCCCCCCCCCCCCCCCCCCGCCUACCACUGUUGCUUUAUGAACUCCCCCUCCCCUCCCUUCCCUCUCUCAUGGCUUAAGGCUGGCUAGGUCCUAUCCGCACCACACACAGCUUGAUCUGCCAUGUAGAAGUCAGCAUGAAACCAUUUUACACUUUGCAAGUACAUACAGUAUAUAUGGCUGAAGCUGGCUGUCAUGCACCCAUGCAUGGAGUAUGACAUUCCUGUCUGUCGUCCUACCCUCUGUGCUCAUCUGUCAUGUCUAUGACAACAUGUUUACACAAAAGAAAAUGAAUGUAUUUCAAUGAACAAGGUAAGUCUGAUGAAUGAUUUAGUCAUAUCCCAGUUUACCAAUUUACAUAUGGCUACGCCGAACUAUUUGUUUUUUAAAUUAUAGGAGCAAAAAAAUACUUCACUUUAUUUGGAACGGCAAGCCAGACAAAAUGAAACAGGCUUAUUUAUAUAAUGAAUAUGAGUUUGGGGGGCUAAAUAUUAAAGCAUGUCAUACAAGCAUGUCAUACAAAAGUUAUACUUAAACCUGAACUGGUUCUCCAGUAGAUUAGUAAGAAUGUCUCAUCCCUUGUUACAAAAUUGCCUUUUUCCCUUUAUCCAGAUGACAACAUCUCCCUUUCAGUUAAUUCAAAAUUGAACCUUUUUCAAAAUAUCACCUUUUUCAAAUUAUCUUUGUUAAUGAUAUUAUGAAUAGGAAAGGUGGAGUUAUGUCACAUGUGCAGCUAACAAAAAUAUAUGGAAAUGUUUGCUCUAUCCAAAAUUACAACCAACUGAUUGCAGCAUUACAGCAAAAAUGGAGAAGGCAAGUGAAAGGGGGAGAAGGUAGGGAACUUGUUUGUCUGCCCUUUAUUAAAGACCAAAAUUGGCAUAAAUAGAAAUAUAUACCAGUUUCAUUUGAGGACCAAAAUGUUGACAGCUGCACCAUAGAGGUUGCAAAAUAAUUGGGAAGAGAUUUUCAGUGUGCCGAUUCCAUAGCACAUGGUUUAUGAAUUUAAACACAAAACAAAGCUUGAUUCAAAACGUAGAGUUUUUCUAUUUAAUUUAUUAUGCCACCAACAGAAUGUUAUGUAUAAGGGGCAUACAACCAUCUCAGCUCUGCAGAUUUUGCUGCAAAGAGACAGAAUCAAUAGAUUACUUAUUCUGGUGCUGCCCCUAUGUAGCUUGUUUCUGGUCACAGGUUCAGGAAUGACUGAAAAAAUCACAACAUUUACCUAAAAUUAACCCUACAAAUACCACUGUUGGGAGAUUUGGAACGAAAGAGAGAAGCGCCAUGUCUGUAAAAUGUGUGUACAUGUAACAAACAAAAAAAAGAAAAAGCUGUAAAAGCAACUUUUUUUUGUCCAUCCAUUCAGUGAUUUAGAACAAAUUCCCAUGACAUACUCUCUGACAUGUUUCGGCUUUAAAAACUAUAAUGGCUUUAUAAUCUACACUACCGGUCAAAAGUUUUAGAACACCUACUCAUUCAAGGGUUUUUCUUUAUUUUUACUAUUUUCUACAUUGUAGAAUAAUAGUGAAGACAUCAAAACUAUGAAAGAACACAUAUGGAAUCAUGUAGUAACCAAAAAAGUGUUAAACAAAUCAAAAUAUAUUUUAUAUGUGAGAUUCUUCAAAUAGCCACCCUUUGCCUUGAUGACAGCUUUGCACACUCUUGGCGUUCUCUCAACCAGCUUCACCUGGAAUGCUUUUCCAAUAAUCUUGAAGGAGUUCCCACAUAUGAUGAGCACUUGUUGGUUGCUUUUCCUUCACUCUGCUGUCCGACUCAUCCCAAACCAUCUCAAUUUGGUUGAGGUCGGGGGAUUGUGGAGGCCAGGUCAUCUGAGGCAGCACUCCAUCACUCUCCUUCUUGGUAAAAUAGCCCUUACACAUCCUGGAGGUGUGUUGGGUCAUUGUCCUGUUGAAAAACAAAUGAUACUCACACUAAGCCCAAACCAGAUGGGAUGGCGUAUCGAUGCAGAAUGCUGUGGUAGCCAUGCUGGUUAGGUGUACCUUGAAUUCUAAAUAAAUCACAGACAGUGUCACCAGCAAAGCAUCCCCACACCAUAACACCUCCUCCUCCAUGCUUUACGGUGGGAAAUACACAUGCGGAGAUCAUCCGUUCACCCACAUUGCGUCUCACAAAGACACAGCGGUUGGAACAAAAAAUCUCAAAUUUGGACUCCACAUUUCCACUGGUCUAAUGUCCGUUGCUCGUGUUUCUUGGCCCAUGCAAGUCUCUUCUUAUUAUUGGUGUCCUUUAGUAGUGAUUUCUUUGCAGCUAUUCAACCAUGAAGGCCUGAUUCACACAGUCCCCUCUGAACAGUUGAUGUUGAGAUGUGUCUGUUAUUUGAACUCUGUGAAGCAUACUGAGGCUGGUAACUCUAAUGAACUUAUCCUCUGCAGCAGAGGUAACUCUGGGUCUUCCAUUCCUGUGGCGGUCCUCAUGAGAGCCAGUUUCAUCAUAGCGGUUAAUGGUUUUUGCUACUUCACUUAAAGAAACUUUCAAAGUUCUUGACAUUUUCCGUAUUGACAUGUCUUAAAGUAAUAUUUUGAUUUGUUUAACCAUUUUUUGGUUACUACAUGAUUCCAUAUGUGUUAUUUCAUAGUUUUGAUGUCUUCAUUAUUAUUCUACAAUGUAGAAAAUAGUCAAAUUAAAGAAAAACCCUUGAAUGAGUAGGUGUUCUAAAACUUUUGAUGGGUAGUGUAUAAUGGCUGUAUAACCUCAGGAUUUUUGCCUAAGCUCUGGUAUAACUGCAUCAGAUUCCACCUGUGAUUGUAGUUCCAGAGGUCUGACCUGGUUCUUCUUCCUGCAGCUAUCCCAGACUCCCCAGUGAGACCCAGACUGCCAGGAAAGCUGGACAAUGAGCAGAUCAAGAACAUCAUCCCCGAGCCCCAAGUGACCGUCCCCCCUCAGAUCCGCAUGCAGCCCUUCGACUACGAUGGCGAGACCUACAUCGGUGGCUCAGAGAAGGUGGGCCAGGUGGACUUCACUAAUGUAGGGGAGGAGGAAGAAGAGGAAGAGGAGGCAGAUGUGGACAACCAACUCAAUCCAAGAGGAGAUGUUUUCAGUAAGCCUCCUUUCCCUCUAACUCCUUCCCACCAAUCCCCCUAUUUAUUGCCAUCGUGGGUGGUCCCAAAUAUGAUUACACUAACGCUGAUAAUAUGGACUUUCACACACCAUUACUGCUGUGGUAGUGUGCAGAACUCGUAGUUAUUCAGAAAUACAAUCCCCUAGUUGCUUCAGCUAAAUCAAAAUGGCAAGAACUUUGUGAUGUAUACUCUUCUUUUCACUCAGUCAUAUUUAGGUUUACACAUUUUCUAUGGCCUCAUAUAACACUGAACAGGACGCUCUCAAACACAUCUCUACAAGUCAAAUUUAGGACAUAUAUCACAGGGUUAUUGCUCUAUGCUCUGUUGUGUGAGGGUUAGCGUAGCCUACAACGACCCUAUGACCAAGCUGCCCAUCUGUCUACUCUUUCUAUUAGCUACCCCCUUGCCUUCACACAGACCUACAAUAUAUCCUCUCUGGACAGGGGGAAUGUAUGGAGUUUAAGGUCUGGCCUAAUUACAGGCCCCCCAAACCUGACUGCACAUUUCUCCGGCCGGCUGGCCUCAGGCUUCUUGGCCAUGCUUGAAGGAAGUCUAGUCUUAUCUAUCUGUCCUAUGUAUCUCUUGUCAACUGCCAGGGAGUUGUUUAAUUAAAUUCAUCGUAGUUGUUAAAAUGAAGGGUACUAUUUAUUAGGUGUCUUUGACAUAAACCUGAGGUACACAAUAAAACCUAUAUCGCUUAUCAAACACAGUUAUACUUGAUAUACACACAUAUGCAUGCACACAUAUCUUGGAAACUAUGUAUAAACAACACCUGAGCUUCUAUUUUUAUCUAUAGGAGUCAGAUGAGCCACUGUCACUUCACAGUUUUAUUCAGAGAAAGCGAGGACUGAGGAGUGCUUUGGAUUCCUUUAAAGAUCCAUGGUUAGCUGGACUAAACGCAUGGAUUGAGUCCCUUCUGACGCUAACCUUGUUUAAGACAUCUCAAAGCUGCAAUGUGAUGUCAGUCUGUCAGGCAGUGUAAGCUUGAGGAUUACCAUUCCACAAUAAAAGGUCAGUUCUAAGCCCUGGACCUGAGUGUGUGUCAGGAUCCAACCUGUUGCUUCAUGUUCUGGGCACUGAGUAGGUCUAUGGCUUAGAUUGAAAAGCUCAUUCUCAGUAAGCAGAAGAAAAAAGCAGCAGGGUUGGGCUCAAAUUUAAUUGAGAAUGCCUCAUAAAUUCUAAUUCAAUUCUUGAAUUUGAAUUGAAUUUGCAUUGAAGUAGUAAACGGGAUACAGAAUUACAAUUGGAAUUUGAAUUAAAAUAAAUAUAAUUUAAUUCAGUGAAAUUCACAGAAAUUCAAAUGCCUCUUCUAUUAUUAGGUGUAGUCUAAAUAUAAAUAUUGUACAUAAAACAUCAAACAUGUCAUUAUAUACAUGCAUAUAGUUUAUGGGGAAACUGUUGAAAUGAAUGAUCAAGGAAAACAAAACAAAACCUGUAUGCAAAUAUUCUAAGUUAUUAUAUUUAAUUAAUCACUUAAAUUGUGUGCAUUAGUUUACCCCUCAAAUUGACUUCAAAAAGAUGCCAAACAAAUGAAAUGGUUGGUGGAAAUAUAAUUGGCUAUUGUAAGCACUAAAGUUAAAAGAGUAUAUGAACAUUGUUUUCAGAGAAAAGUGAUAUAUUCUUUGGUAUCUGGCAGUAUGACCUGUCAGAUUAAAUUAAACUCUCAUGUUCUAUGAAUGAGUGGAAUUUAUUUGAAUUGCACUGAAUUCAAUUCUACUUCCUGUCACUCUAACUCUAAUUCUACAGUACAUCCUGUGGGGUACGUCCAAUUAAAUUUGAAUUUCAACUCAUGAGUUGAAUGGGAGUCAAAUCCAAAAUGUUUAAUUCAGCCCAACCCUGGUAAGCAGAGAAUGGCCUCUGUUUCACAUAUUAGAUUCACAUGCUGUAAAUACAACACAUCCUGUGAGGUAUAAAUAGAUCAUGUGGUUGGAGGACAAUACAACAACACAUUAGCUUACACUAGAAGAGCUCUUACAGUGUUAUGUGUUACCUCCAGCUCUAAAUAAGCUGUAAAUCAAAUGUAGCAAGAGAGUGAAUAUAUUCAACCAUGAAGUUGAACUAAGUUACUGUUAAAUGCUGUGUGUUAAAUGCUGUGUAUAGUUCAAUACAUGCUCUAUGCAUGUAGGUUGAUGUAAUAAACCAGAUCUGGUCCUAGUGUUUGAAAGAGUGUUCUGUUUCACCCAUGUCAUUUGCGAUUGACCUUUGAAAGGAGACUAAGGACAGAAAAACAGCUGUGCUGAAUACCAGUGUGACAAUCCCACACAGCCAGGCCUGGGAAAGAGGUGGACGCACUGAGGCCAUCAGUCAAACUGUCACACACAACCACUUCUCUAACCUUCUCUGGCCAUGGGCUGAAACUGAAGGUUGAAAAGCAAAUAGAAACCCUUGAGAGAAGGUCAUUUCAUUUGAGUUGUGGGAAAGAAAUAUCAUGAGGAGCACAGGAGGUUGGUGGCACCUUAAUUGGGGAGGACGGGCUGGUGGUAAUGUCUGGAGCGGAAUCAGUGGAAUGGUAUCAAAUACAUCAAACACAUGGUUUGAUGCCAUUCCAUUUGCUCUGUUCAAGCCAUUAUUAUGAGCCGUUCACUGCUGAGAUGAGUAUAAUCAGGCCAGGAUGCAUAAAAGCAAUGAAAUAUGCCUUUCAAGCCAAAUCAAUCAUUUUGCUCAGAGACAACAUAUGGCCUCAAAGACAGUGGAGCUUAUAGCUCUUGGGAUAGAACACAUGCACAGAAGUUGCCUCUGUAGCUAUUUGGCUAAAAUGGAUAGGAUUAUUAUUAUUAUUAUUGGCUCUCCAUCUUAAGAUGAAAACCCAUUUGAGUGUGGGCAAAGGAUCACACAUGUGAUGGUAUGCCUCUCAGUGAGACAGUAACAAGGCUGCGUUUUGCUGCUAGUGUUGAUCUCUUUAAGGAAACAAGUCAGACAGCAGCCUGAGCCUUCGUCAGGACGACUCAAAUAGCAAGAGGAGACAGGCCCCGAGACAUUCAUCAGCUCCAUGGAGGAAUUUCACUCUGCCGCCAUGUGAGCGCCUUGGGAUACACUCAGCUCUCCCUGCGCCUACACUCCCCAUCCACUAGGAAGAGGGGGAGGAAGGGAUGCAGAGACUCCAAGCCUUUUAUUAUCGUCCCCCAGAACAGCUGUUGAGCAAACAGAUCUGACUCCCUGACAGAGAGAGUCUGUCAUCAGCUCCUCAAAUCCCCUCACACACCAGCCCUCUCUGGCUGGGCAGGUUCACUUAGCAAAGCCGCUGUACAUCUGGUUGUCUAGAGCAACUCAGUGAAGGGGGAAGUUUGUUGGGAGAGCUUUAAGAUGCUUCAGUUAUAAUAUCCUACGAUUGAAAUGCACCAUCUUGAGAGAUAAAUGUCAACAGGGCAGGCUUCCACUUGCAGGCUUCCACUUCCCUGACUGGCUUUUGUUUUAUGAGGGGAAAUCUCUCAACUGCAUAAUCAUCUGGAUGAUCUUCAGGGAUCACAUUUCUUAAGAAGAAUGCUUGUAACUGAAAUGACUUGUUUUGAUAGAGCUAAAUUAAGAAUGUAUAACUGUUUAGACAAUGUUAUACAUACACAAUUAUCAAGGCGGUUAAUAUCCUGUUUCAAUAUGUCUUGUCUUAUGUCUUGUUUCUUUGUGCUUUUUGUGAAAGUGAACUACAUUAUCUUGACAUUUGAUGGACCAUAUUAUAACAGAGUUAUCUCUCUCCCAAAGCAGUUCCAGAGGACUUUGAGUCAGUAUUUGGUCCUGAAACGGAAGUCAAAGAGAUCGAAAUAACUCCAGCACAGGAAGGUAAUCCUUGGUUUACUUGUUGACAUGAUGUGGGUAAUUACUGUGUAUCGUUGACAUCUGAAUGUGCCUUCCAGAGUUCUUCAUGGACUGCAACUUCGAUCAGGGCGCGUGUGAGUGGGUGCAGGACAAGGACGAUAACUUCGACUGGAGCGUGUCCUACCAUGAAAAUGGUACAAAUCAUACUGUUAAUAGGGCAUGAAUAGUAUUUUACCUCCUAUAUUUGCCAUGUAGAUGCAUAUAGUUUUAUACAUUGACUGAUAAGGUAAAUAUGUUAUUGUCCACAUGAUCAUCUGAAUCUAUCUUCCAGAAAUUGCUCUUUGCUGUGCUUAAUCUAUGUAUUCCCAAAUAGCUGCUAGUCAUAUGUUAACGACUAUCACUGAUCAGCCUGUGUCCACUCCCUGGUCCCUAACCCCCAGGUAUGGAGUAUUACAUGGCUAUGAGUGGUCUUCUGGGGGAGAAGAAGGACCAGGCCAGGCUAAAGCUACUCAUCAGUGACCGGGCCCAGCAGGGAAGCUUCUGCCUCACUUUCAACUAUCGCGUCACGGGCAACCAGGUGGGCUCGCUGCGGGUGCUCCUGAACAACAAUGCCUACCCGGUGUGGGAGCAGAGCCGCAGCCGAGACCAGGACUGGCAGACAGAACUGCUCACUGUAGCCUGGAAGAACCAGGCCCCAGAAUCUGUGAGUCACAAUUCCAUUCAAACGCUUAGAAUAAUAAAGGACCCAUAGAAUGAUGCCAGUGUCAGUAGAUAAUAGUACAGUGCAUUCAGAAAGUAUUCAGACCCCUUCCCUUCUUCCACAUUUUGUUACAUUACAGCCUUAUUCUAAAAUGGAUGAAAUUAAUUGUUUUCCUCAUCAAUCUACACACAAUACCCCAUAAUGACAAAGUGAAAACAGGUUUUUAUAAAUGUUUGCAAAUUUAUAAAAAAACAAAAACAGAAAUACCUUAUUUACAUAAGUAUUCAGACCCUUUUCUAUGAGAGUCCACUUGUCAUGAUUUGGAAAGGCACACACCUGUCUAAAUAAGGUCCCACAGUUGACAGUGCAUGUCAGAGCAAAAACCAAGCCAUGAGGUUCGAAGGAAUUGUCCGUAGAACUCCAAGACAGGAUUGUGUCGAGGCACAGAUCUGGGGAAGGGUACCAAAAAGUUUCUGCAGCAUUGAAGGUCCCCAAGAACACAGUGGCCUUCAUCAUUCUUAAGUGGAAGAAGUUUGGAACCACCAAGACUCUUCCUAGAGCUGGCUGCCCAGCCAAACUGAGCAAUCGGGGGAGAAGGGCCUUGGUCAGGGAGGUGACCAAGAACUCGAUGGAGAAACUCCCCAAAUACAGGUGUGCCAAGCUUGUAGCGUCAUACCCAAAAAGACUUGAGGCUGUAAUCACUGCCGAAGGUGCUUCAACAAUGUACUGAGUAAAGGGUCUAAAUCAGGGUUCUUCAAUUCUGGUCCUGGUAGUUAAUUGCACUCACCUGGUGUCCCAGGUCUGAAUUAGCCCCUGAUUAGAAGGAGAGGAUGAAAAACAGAGGUGUUUCGGCCCUCCAGGACCGGAAUUGAAGAACCCUGGUCGAAAUACUUAUGUAAAUGUGAUAUUUCUUUUGGGAUUUUUAAAAUAAAUUUGCUAAAAUGUCUAAAAACCUUUUUUGCUGUGUCUUUGAUGAGGGGAAAAAACAAAUUAAUCAAUUUUAGAAUAAGGCUGUAACGUAACAAAAUGUGGAAAAAGUCAAGGGGUCUGAAUACUUUCCGAAUGCACUGUAUGUUCUAUGUAUGCCGUAUUUACUAGCACAAUGUUUAGAGAGGUUGUUAAUUUAAUCAGUACCAAUUUCCAGAACAUCUCAUCAACAUCUUUGCUCUCAUUCUGCAGAUCAUCUUUGAAGCUGAGCGUGGGAAUGGAGUUAGGGGAGAGAUUGGGCUGGACAACGUGGUGCUGACCUCAGGCUCCUGUCAAGAGGAAGAUGCUGCCAUCUUUUAAACUGCUCAACUCAGUGAACCUGUAGAAUCAGUCCACUGUGUUUGACACACACCUCAAAGGCAGAGCUAGCAGAAGUAUCUACCUUUAGUCUGCUCUUUUCAGAGAGCACACACACACACAUCUUCAUAAUCCCAAACUAAGGGUGUAUUUUUUUGCUGUACUGUAUGUGCAACAAGUAUUGUUCAGCCGUCCACAUAGGAAAGUGUUGCACAAGGGUUUGAGCAAUAGUAUGUGGAGGGAUUUCUGCAAGUUUACAAGACUCUGCUUUUGAACUUUUCCUUUAAUUUGAGCCACCAAGACAAAGAGUAAUGUCCACAAAUAAAUGAUCCGAUACAUAUAUACAGUGCGGUUUUCGAUAUUCACAAAUACUUUUAAUGUUAUUCAAAUAUUUUCACAUUAAAUAUCUGGUUUUUAUAUGUGAGGAUAUGGCAGGCUUGUCUACAAAAAACAAUAUUGUGUUGCUUUUUCAUUUUCUAAGUGAUAGUGAAAUAUUGCAGUUAGCUGCAAUAUAGAAAUAAAUAAGAUAUACUAAGACGUGUAGUUAUGUGAAAUCAAAAUAUGAAUAUUAGAUUAAUCAAGAAGCCUUCACUUGAAGGUUACUGGGUUUUAAGAUCAUAUUAUGUGUAUGUAACAAUGAAUAAACUGCUGUAAAUUGUGCUUUCAUAUCGUAAUACAUAAAAAAUGUUUUUAUAAGGACUCUGUCCAUA